AUGGUACAAAAAUUUACCAUGAAAUUCUUCUCACCAUCUCGAGUCCACCAAAUUAGAAACGAAGUAUAUCUUUUCAAACAGAAGGAUCAUGAGACAUAUUCGGAAGCAUGGGACAGGUUCAAAAGUGCGUUUAGGAAAUGUCCAAAUCUUGAUGUUCAUAAACUGGCACAAAUAUAUCUAUUCUAUAAUGGAUUGCGCGCUGAAUUUCGCAAUAUAGUUGAUUCUUCUGCGGGUGGAUCAAUUUUGACUAUCGAGGUGGAUGAUGUACAUAAUUUAUUUGAGACGAUUGCUGAGAAUCAGGCCAACUGGCUAACAGAUAGGAAAGCUCCGAGAAAAACAGCUGGAUUACAUAAUGUGGAUGCAGUGACAGCAUUGGCAGCGCAGAUGGAAGCAAUAACAAAGAAGCUUGAUACUUUAACUCAAUUUGUGCACAUGGUACAACAUCCAGCUCACAUAUGCGCAGGUUGUGGGGCAGAUCACAUCACUUCAAGCUACCCUUUGGCUUCUACUCACAUGGGUCAGUCAGCAGAGGUCAGUUGUGCGCAGAACUAUCAGAGGCAAAAUGGAUCUUACCCAUACAACUACCAUCCGAGUUUGAACAAGCAUCCCAACUAUUCGUGGGUGGAUAAUCUAGAUCAAAUAAAUCAGAUGAAGGGCAAUCCACCAGUAAUUCAGCAACAGCAAGGUAAGAGGCAAUCCUUUGAAGAUCUACUGGUCACGUACAUCACCAAGACUGAAACAGUAAUGCAGAAUCAACAGGCUUCCAUACAUAACCUAGAAAAUCAGGUAGGACAGAUAGCAGCUGCAUUAGCCAACAGACCACAGGGUACCUUGCCGAAUAACAUAGAGAAUAACCCAAGGGAGCAGGUAUUAGUAGUUGAGGCGGUAAAUUAUACAACUAUUGAGAUCCCAUCUACCACAUCCACCACCACUGUCAAAGCUUAUGUGCCACCCAUUCCAUUUCCUCAAAGACUUCAAUGCCAGCCAACAGCAGAGUAG